AUGCCACUUAAGCCGGUUUCCAAAAAAGAAGUUGUCGAUAGAUACGGUAUGCUGUUGAAAUUGUACAAGGAUGUUGAAAAUAUACUAAUGGAGUUAAAAUCGCAAGAUGUGACUAUUAUUGGAGCUAGUAGAACCGCCACCCCGAGAGUUGCCCAGGAGCUUUUAUCACUAUUUCACAUCAAUGAUAUACCUAUGAUUAAAUACUUUCACUCUCUACAGUGGGGUCAAGGGUCUAAGAUUAAACAUAUAACUAAGGCAGCAAAGCAUCUUAGGAUGCAUGAAGAUUUAGAAAACGGCGGCUUCAUACUAUUUGAUGAUGAACUGAGAAAUAGAGACGUAACUUCGAUAAAUUGUGAAUUUGUUCAUAUCGACGAAACGAAAGGUUUGACUCGUGCUGUAUUCGAGAAAGGCUUACAUGUAUGGACUGAAAAUAAAAAUCACUAG